AUGGAUGAGAACAUCGGGCUGCACCAUGAGGGCUCAGUGGCAGCCUUGUCGGCCUCAUCCGCCGCUCAUUUGCUGAGCAACUUUCAUCCAUAUGAACCCAUCUCCCGGGCCACGUCGCCCGGCAUCCCUUACCCCAAGUCGGACGAGGACGACAAAAAGCGUUACCGACCCCGGACGUUUGCCUAUUUUCAACAACUUCCGUUCGACGUCGAGGAGGAGGAACAACGCGAUGCGGCACUGCAGGGCAUUCUGAAGCAGCUGUACAUUGCCAUCAAGGCGGAGGACUUCUCCCCUGGUGCGCUGCAUUGGACCCGAGAGCUGCAAGCUUGGCUCGCCCUGAAGUUCGAGAUGACGAGGGAGCUUCGAGCUAGGCUUGCGAAGCUCUAUUACUCUCUGGCGCUGGCGCCGGGUUUAGACCCAAAUACCGCAGAUCGCUUUCUGCGCAUGGUUCUGACAUUGAUCAGGAAGAAUCAUUAUCUCAAACCAGGCGAAGAUCUCACGUUCGAUUGGAGACCAAUAUGGCACGAGGUCAAGGGCAUCGUCUUACCCUCCGAAGGUCCCUCCCUUCAAAGUGGGCGACGACGGCCGGUCAAGCAACUGCUGAAGUUGUGUACUCACGCCCAUACCUAUUUCGACCCCAGGGACCGACCGACAAUGCUUGAAGAAUUUCUGCCGUUUUUCAGCAUCAACGACAUGCCCAAUGCAUUCAUCGUCUUUGGAUUGUUAAACACCUUUCUUCCCAGCCACCCUGCGCCGGAGAAGGACGUUGCUGCCCAACCACAGGAGUUUCUUCCGACUAUUUUUCACCUUUGGUCGAUCAUGAGUAGAUCGAAAGUCGCCGAUGUUUGCCUGAUCGAUCUAUUUUCUCGACUUGCGCGCGACCAUGUUCAUUGCGGCCAUGUUCCAUUCGGCGCGCAUGGCAUCUUCACCAAAGCCCAGUCUGACCUCAUCUUCACCUCCAUUUUGCGCCUUACGCAAAUUCCUGUCGGGCAGGCCAACUCCCCGUACACAGCGCUCGACUAUUUGUCAGGAGCAGGGGCGUACCUGGAAAAGGAUUCGAAGAAGCAUCCCGUACCGUACAUGAUGGCCCGACUGAUUGUGAGCUCCUUGUCGCCAAGCUGCAUGGAACGGGAUGACUCUAUCAUGGCAAGCUUGGAAGGCUUGAUGGAGUCCAUAGACACGUUUUUCCAUCCUUCAAACCAAGGCUCAUGGACCAACAUGCUGGGGCAACUUACUCUGUAUCUUACUGAUGCAUUUGUGUCACGGUGGAACCGUGAACAGAGCAGCGAGCUGGAAAUUCCCAAGGAGCGAAAGAUAAGUCCUGCUUUAAAGAAGCGCUUCGUUGCCUCGCUAAAGGAGGUGACAUUCAUAGGACUCUUCUCGAAAAGCACUAGGGUAUCAAACUGCUAUUACAAUGCACUCCAGGGCCUCGCCUACCUUGAACCAGACCUGGUUCUCCCCGGUGCUCUGCAGCGUUUUUAUCCCAGUCUCCAGGGGCUAGUGGAGGUCCACAGAACUACGUCCAGCCUGAACAGUUUGCAAAUGAUUGCAAAUGUCAUGUCCAAGCUCAAAGGCUAUAGAUGUCAUAUUACUGCUCUGCUUGCCUUGGCCCUGCCUGGUAUCGAUGCGAACGAUCUCAACAAGACGCAGUAUACCCUCAACUUCAUACAAAGUGUAGCAUAUAGCAUCCCGUUUGUGGAAUUGACAAAGGAAGGAACCCACAUUCACGAUACAACACUGGCAAUGCAGUGGGUCCAGGCAGAGAUGGACAGGAUGGAGCGGGAUGGCCAAAACGUGCAGAUCGACUAUGAAAGGGAAUUAAGCGACGAGGAUGAAGGCAACAUCCUGCGAUCCUCAACUGCAGGUUUCGGGGAAUUCGUCUUGACUCUCUUGGGCAAGGUAUUUACACUUCUCGAGAAUCUUCCGGAUGCCAAUCAGGUUCGAGGAGGAACCCCAGAGGAUAAUGUUGUCAAUGCAUUGCCUGCAGCUCUGUCACCGCUUUUCGCAUCGCUCUCACCAAACUUGUUUGACACGGCGCUCGAAAAGAUUGCGACGUUUGUUUCUAGCCACGUGGUUCACCAGGCUCGUGAUGCCAUGGCGUGGAUAUUGAAUGCGCUUUGCAAAGUCAACCCCGAGAAGACGCUCAAGGUCUUUGUUCCCAUGUUUGUCAUCAACAUUCGCAAUGAGAUUGACCAGAACCACGCCGCGUCUGAUCGUACUACUGGUACCGACUACCUCCCACGUGAUAGAGCCUUGGUAUGGCACAUCAGUAUGCUUGCCAUGACAGUAGUGCACGUCGGGCGGGAAGUACUGAAGUACAAGGAUGAAUUGCUUGGGAUUGCCGUUUACAUGCAGGCAAAGUGUCGCGGCUUGCCUACCAUCUUGGUCUCCAACUACAUUCACCACCUGCUGUUGAAUCUCACCAAUACCUAUCCCAUUGACCAUGCUCUGUACGAGCCUGACGUUAUCAAGAGGGGACUGGACAUUGAAGACUGGGGCAAGACGACGUCACCCGCUGAUCUCACCAUUCGAUGGCAUCAACCAUCACCGUCAGAGGUCGAAUUCGCCGUGGAGCUCUUUGCCUCACAAACGAAAUCCGCGACGGAGCAGUUGGAGCUUCUCUUCAGCGACAGUCCGCCCGUCAGCAGGACAGGGAAAAACAAAGAGUGGUCUGAUGAAGUUUCUAGAUUGAUGCAGCAGAUUCGCCUAGUCACUUCUGGCAUGUCCACCAUGUUUGAUCCCAAGCGUGCCUCGGGCAGCGGCAGUGAAAAGUUGAGCAAUGGCAACGGUGGAGAUGGUGAUGUCGAGAUGGGCGAUGAUGAUGAAAGCCUGGCUGAGGGUGCCGAAGAUGAGGAGUUGCGGCCUCAAUUUCGUUACAAGGCCGGGUAUCUGCUCAAGUCAGAUGACCCAGUGUAUGAGCGCAUCCACGAACUCCGUGAACAGCUUGGCCACCUGCUCUCCAAAGCUCAUGCAUUCCUCAGCGAGCACCAGGAGGAUGAUGUUACCUGCUCCACUGCACUAUGCAACGCAUACCGGACAUGGAUAACGGAUGUUGGGAUCGAACGUUCCGCACACCCACUCGAGCGACAUCUCAGACUGUACAAGGCCGACAUCGCCGCCUUUAAGAUAAAAGGACUUCGCAAGGUCUACCCGCGCCCUCUACUGAUAAAGAGGGCCGAGGCCUAUCAGCUACUGCGUAUGAAGCACAAUGCAUCAGCUCGGCACAAGAGCGAACUCGACAGGCGCUUGCUACUGGACUUGGCCAAGUCGUGCCAGUCGUUAUACGCCGACGUUCGCCGAGCAGCCCAGACUGCACAAGACUCGUCGCUCAAAGUCCUCAUAGGCGGCAAGCCGCUGGUUGUGCCUGUGGUCCUUGAGGGAUUGCGAAAGGCGAUUGAGGCCAAUGAUCACGAUCGUAUCAAAGGCGGCAUGUAUACACUGUUCUUUACAUCACUUCUUAGGACAAUCGUGCGAGACUGGCGAUUUGCACCUGACGCAAUGUCGCUCUACAUCGAGACGGCAGGGAUUGACAAGCCAUCCAUACAAAAUCUGGGAUCAUCUGCGCUUUAUUCUCUUAUUGAGUUUGGUAAAGCCAAUGAAGGCCUGAUACUCCUGGAUGAUGCCGCUCUGAACGCCAUCCAACCGGCUGAGGACACCGAUGACGCCGUCGAUAACCGCCACAGGGUGAUAUUGGAGAGAAGGAAAAAGAUCGAGACGGCAAAGGCGGCUUUGGGAUUGCAGCUCACAAAUCGAGCAAAGGGGUCACACUGGAAAAUCGCAACCAGAUGUGCCAUCUUUGCCCUGAACUUGUGCCUCCGCUUUGACAGUCUCGCUCCGGCCGAGUUUGUCGAGCUGGUUGCCAAUGGCACAAUUGAUCCGCACCCGGGCCUCAGGGGCUACUACCUUAACGCGUUCACGUCUCUGCUGGGUGCCAUUGACAUGCGAGCUGUGUACGGCCAUGACUACGCCAACUAUCUCAUGGAGAAGGAAAUUGGUGACAGGAACAGGAUCAAUGUGCCCGUUGAAAAAGGAGAUGCCGAGUUUACCCGCGACUUCCUGGAAGCCUUCACGAAGCCCGAAGCAGCCGAGUACAUGGUUGAUUCCGACCACCCUGGAUGGCUCGUCUGGGGCAAAAAGUUUACAGCUUUCCGUGCCCGCCCGCUACCUUUCAAUGCUUACGAUGAGCUAGAGAGCAAUGUCCGCCGUCAGAUCGGCAACAUUCUGACAAAGGAGUGGAUGUCGCAGUGUUUCGAGUACCUGAAACAAGAACCGCGGGAUCAGUCCACCGACAGAUUCCGAAUGAGCAAUGUCUACCUCCUGAUGCAUGUUUUCGAUCUCACAUACUACGGCAGCACAACGGUCACCCUGCAGGAAAUCAAGGAGCUAGCUGAAGACGUUUUUGGUGACGGAAGCGAUAAGCAUCAGCAUCGAGCAACGGCUGAAAUUCUUGGCGCCUUGUUGGCUGGCUCCAGUGACGACCCCGUCGAGCUGCGCGACAAGGUUUGGGAGUUCGCGGCCCCAAUGCUGCUGAAGAUUCUAAACGACGGAUUGACGCCGGAGAAUCUACAGUACUGGCUCCCCUGCGUCCAUCUCGUUCUGGACUCAAGAGACCCCCGACGAUCACGCGAAAUUCUGGACAGCCUCAAAUCAUUCCGAUUAGACAUUACAUCCAAUGCGGCGUUCAAGGACUCAUCCAAGGUCCAGUUGCUGGAAUUUGUGCUGGCGGACGGGGCCUGGCAUUUCCGCCAAGAAAAGCCCAUCUUGGAAGACUUCCUUGCGCAUAUCGAUCAUCCGUACAAGGCCGUUCGCGAGGCAAUGGGUAAAGUACUCUGUGUCAUUUUCCGAAUCAGGUACCACGAGUCCUUUGAGAGCGUGCCCAAACUCAUCGAAGCCAACAAAAAUGCUUCGUCGAUUGGUAUCCGACCAUACCAGCCUUCAGAGGAACUAACGUCUGCCAUUAAAGAUGUUUUUGGCCGUCUGGAGAAGUGGCGCCGUGAGAGGCAGCCUGGUCAGCAAACACAAUCGUCAUAUACCUCGGGAUCCAAGACGGUUCUUACUUGGCUGGAUUGUACGCUGUCAUCCAACGAGUGCACCAUGCUCGUACCAUUCUUCGCCACGCCUUUUAUGGAGCAAUUGCUGCACAUGAUGGAUGUCAAGGAGGACCCCGAGCUGAUGAAAAUCGCAUACCACGUGUACAGACACUUGCCCAACAUUCCAUUCAGGGAAGGUGAGGAUGCCGAGUUCAUCAGUGCCCUGAACAAGAUUGGCAGAUCGGCAACGAGCUGGCACCAGCGCCUUCGGGCACUGGUGAACAUGCAGGUGGUCUACUUCAGGCGCAUUUUCCUCACGGCUGCAACUGAAAGAGACGCCCUUUUCACGGCCGUGUCGGACAUGCUGAGCGACCCGCAGCUGGAAGUGCGGUCGUGCGCAUCCACGACUCUGGCGGGAAUGAUUCGCUGCUCGCCUCGUCACAUUCGAGACCCGAUGAUUGUGCGACUUCAGAAGCGAUUCGAGGACGAGCUGCAGCAGAACCCGAUGCCCAAACGAAAACCCAAUUUGCCAGGCACGGAAACGCCGGUCGAUGUUCACAGGCAGGUUACUCGUCGGCACGCGGCUGUCUUGGGCCUGGGUGCGCUUAUCGAGGCAUUCCCAUAUGCCACACCACCACCAGAGUGGAUGCCAGAGGUGCUGGCCACGCUGGCGCGCAAAGCUGCGGGUGAUCCCGGCGUGGUUGGCAAAGCUACAAAGGGCAUCUUGAGCGAGUUCAAGAAGACAAGACAGGACAGCUGGAGCGUAGAUCAGAAGUACUUCACGCCAGAACAGUUGGAGGAUCUGGAAGGUGUUCUUUGGAAGAGCUACUUUGCCUAG